AGAAGGAAUCUUCUGUUGAGAGAUUAACUGCUGCUACAAAUGCAAAUUAAAUAAUAACCUCUAGCAUAUAAUGGAUGAAUGGACGGAUGAAAUGCUGGAGAACAGCACACAAAUCAUCUACGAAACUGAUCUACAAUUCGAGAUCCAUUCGUACAUGCGAACGUUCGUAUGCAUCGUGAGCUUACUUUCAGAUCUCUUGAUCGUAGCUAUUAUCUUGAAGAGCAAGAAGAUGCGUACUAGAACCAACAACGUUAUACUGCACUUCGCCAUAGCAGACAUGUUCUGUAUGCUCAACGAGAUGGGUCUGAUCUACUACAUCUACGAUCAUGUCGUCUACAAGAUAGUCCCGAGUCGACCCUACUGCAUGUUCGCAAUAUACGAGGUCACCGCGGGAUUUGCGAGCCUCCUAUUCAUGAUCUUCCUUCUCUCCAACACCCUGAUUAAGACCAAAAGACUGUCAGAUAAAACCCUCCUGAUAGGAUACUACGUGAUGAUAGGCGCGCUCUUCAUCAUGCACACUUUAUUCUGCGUCUUGUAUCACACCUACUUCCCGAUCUUUCACAUGAUAUUUUUCUUUAUGUUAAUCGUCACCUUUAUAUGCCUGUUCGUGAAGGAGAUUAAUAGGUGCUGCAAGAUCUGCAAGAAACGUCCGUUGAGUGAGAAGACGACUCUCAGGAUGAACAUAGCUCGUAUUUACGUUUACAGUUGGCUCAUCUCUCUCUUUACCUACCGACCAAACAAUGUAAUCUUUCUGAUCACAUCCUUGUUCGGAUACUUCUCGGGAUUCAACAUCCUCGUGCUCUUGGUCUGCAGCAAUCGCAACUUCAAAAUAUGUCUUCUGAACUUGUUGAGAUUCCGAACGCAGAACUAUGACAUUGAUGCAACCAUCGGUUUUGAGGAUGACUGCAGUGAAUCAUCCGACGAUGAUCGUCCAGCUGUUAACAUCACGUUCAACGGAAUCGAAACCACUCAGCCGGAAACCAACAACGUUACUUAACUUCUAAAAAAAAUGUAGCCAAGAAGCGCUGAAUUAAAUGUUGUUUUC